AUGGCCGUCGAGCUCCAGCAGCAGCCCGCCGGUGGGCCUCCCACGGCACCCGCCGUCGCCGCCGCCGCCACAACCACCACCUUGCCGCUUGCCCAGCGCAUCCUGCAGCCCGACAACCAGCCGCAUUUCAACUUCAGCUUCAACGACUUCCUCAAGCGCGAAUAUCGUUUCGGCCUCGACCCCAGCCGGCCCAUCUGCAAUGCCUUCAAGCAGGGCCACUGCCCGCUCGGCAACGCCUGUCCAGACAAACACCCUACAUCGUCCGCUUUCAACAACUCCUUCCACGGCAGCCUCGUCUGCAAGCACUGGCUCCGCGGCCUUUGCAAAAAAGGCGAAGCCUGCGAGUUCCUUCACGAAUACAACCUGCGACGGAUGCCCGAAUGCAACCACUACUCCCGACACCUGACCUGCUCCAACGGCGACGACUGCCUCUACCUGCACAUCGACCCCGAGUCCAAACGCCCUCCCUGCCCCCACUACGACCGCGGCUUCUGCCCCCUCGGACCCCGCUGCGCUAAGAAGCACGUCCGAAAAGACCGCAUCUGCCGUUAUUAUCUCGCCGGCUUCUGCCCCAACGGCAAGCAGUGCCAGGAAGGCGCCCAUCCCCGCUGGCAGGACGACUUGAAGAAGCCCGAAGUGCGUGCCGAGAAGACGCAGGAGGAGCUGGAGCGCGAGAGGGCACAGAGGGAGGAGGAGGCGAGGAGAGAGGAGGAGAGGGAGAGGGAGCGCUUCGAGGAAAGAAAUCCAGGCAUGGGCGGACCUGGGAAGUUCAGAGGUGGCUGGCAAGGGAGGAAGAAACGGAGCGGGAGGAGAGGCAGGUAUUGA